CCUCACAGGAGGAGCGAUGCUUCCCCCCGCCGUUGUCGGCCGUUCGCUCCUCACACUUGGGGCUCUCUUCGGGGUGCCGUGGCCCGCCCCAUUUUCACGAGAGGCGGCCGCUUGCGCGGUAAGCUUGAGCCUCUCGCGCUCCCGUCCCGGCGCCGCUGGUUCGGGGAGCACCGGCGGCUGCCACAGCGGCUCUUCCUUCGCUGCUGCCAUGUCCGCCGCGGCCAAAGUCUCCGGCGCACUCAAAUCCGUGGAUUACGAAGUGUUCGGGCGGGUGCAAGGUGUUUGCUUCAGGAUGUACACAGAACAGGAAGCCAAGAAAUUAGGAGUGGUUGGCUGGGUUAAAAAUACCAGCCAAGGAACUGUGACAGGCCAAGUUCAGGGCCCAGAAGAGAGAGUGAAUGAAAUGAAAUCCUGGCUGAGCAAAGUUGGAAGCCCAAGUUCCCGCAUCGAUAAAACAAAUUUUUCCAACGAGAAAGAGAUCUCCAAGCUUGACUACUCAGAUUUCAACACUAGAUACUAACAGGAGGGCAUCUCACUAAGCACAAAACUCUGACAUUUCUGCUGCAUGAUAUUUUCUGUGCCUCCAUCAAAUGUCACAAGAGCAUUGGGAUGCUUUUCUGUACUAGGGAUAAACAUAAAUGCUCCCUGUUCCGACCAAGUAAGAAUCCCUGUUGCUGUGUUAGACAUCUUGCACCAUGAAUGUCAACAUUUAGUGUCUAAAAUGCCAAUAUCUAAUUUAUGGCAGCUUUGAAAGACAGAUAAAAGCUUAGAAGUGCUGGUGAUUAUUUGUGCACAAUGAGACUUGUUACAUACAACCAGAUGGUACCUAAUCUUUACACUGUGAGUCAUAUUUAGAUGAAAAAUAAUAAAUUUGUGUUCUACUGUUUGUAAUCUCACAAAAAAUACAUACCUACAGAACUUGGAACACUUGAGAGUUCUCUGUAACAAGCCUGUUACAGACCAGGCUUUAUGUGACAAAUUAAUAAGGUUAUAGUGGUAAUUUAAAAUAAAAAUGUUGUUUCAACUAGGAUGAUCUAAUUUAAAAUUCUCUAUAAUAAUUCAGAUAAAUCUUGUUCCAAGGUGAUUAAAUGUGUGGCCUCUCACCCUGUUCUUUUCCUUGUCUAUCUGUAGCUUGCAUCCAUCCAUGCUGACUAUAAAGGAUGUUUUAAUCUCUUUGCUUUUUUGAUGAUCUUACUAAAAUUGAAGAUUUAAGUGA